AUGGCACAGAGUGGGUUUGACCGAAGGCGAAUCAAUGGCCCAGAAGAAAGCUUCGCUCCUGUAUUUGAAGACGAUGAAGACGACUCGGGGCGAUGGAAACCUGGAAUGUCUAGGCAGGAUCGCCUUCCGUUAGCUAUCAGACCUAUAUUCCUUCAGCCAGGACUUAUUGAACAGGCCAAUGGAUCUGCGUACAUUGAAACUGGAAAGACUAAGAUUGCCUGUGCCAUAUAUGGUCCUCGCCAAUCGAAAAACGUCGCGUUUCACGACAAAGGAAGGCUUAAUGUCGAGCUAAAGUUUGCGCCAUUCUCUUGCCCAAAGAGACGCGCGCCUAUACGAGAUGCGGAGGAUCGAUCCAUUGCAAUGGCUAUCCAUCAAGCCAUUCUCCCCUCUGUCCGACUGGAGACGCUGCCCAAGUCCACUGUGGACGUGUUCAUCACCGUGCUCGAGGAGGACGGGAUCGAGGGUUGUGUUGCCGCAGGUUCUGUCGCGGCUAGCGCUGCCUUGGUGGAUGCGGGUAUCGAAGUCUUUGGAAUCGUUGCCUCAACCUCAGCUGCCGUUAUUGGCGAAGAAAUCUGGCUGGAUCCCUCAGAGCAGGAGUCAUCACAAUCAAAAGGCACGUUUGUGCUAGCCACUAUGCCCGCGUUGAACACGAUUACAAGCAUCUGGCAAAACGGAGAGAUGGCUCCAGACCAAGUUCUGAAGGCUAUGGAGAUUUGUGAAAAGCAAUGCGUAGAUAUACAUACUGUUGUUGCGGAAAGACUACGAGAAACACUUCAAUGAAUGACUUGGAUCAUCUU